AUGACAUGCAUCUGCAACAAAAAUGGAACUUGGCCCCAUAUUAAAUGUAAUGAAGAACUGAAGUCGCUAUCUCAAAAUAAAGAAGUAAAGAACAGUUGCGAACCCAACACUUAUGUGCAAGUAGAGUGCAACGUUUGCCGCUGCGAUCCAGAAGGUAAUGUAGACGAAAACCAUUGCACCAAGAAUGAAUGCGAUGGCCACAAGAGUUCUAGUCGUCGACAAUCUGACGAUAAUAACAAACUUUACGGAGAUUGUGAAAGUGGCACUUGGUAUUCUUUAGCACCUUGUCAAUUCUGCUAUUGUGUAAACAUCAACAAAUUAGUAUGCAACACCGGUACGAGAUCAAUGGCAAACAAAAUUUACCUUCAACUAGGAGCUUAUAGUCUUAAUAUCUGUGGAAAAGGUUUGGGAAAAGAAUUGAGAGAUAUGGAGAAUGAAAAUCAAAUUUUACUGCGGCAAGGUAACGAAAUUGAUAAAGUAGACCAACAAAUUGAACUUAGUAGCCCUAAACCAAACUUUUUUCCUAAACCUUCAGUACAACCAGCUAUUUCGAAAACACACAUGAUAAUAAACGUAGAUAAAGAUAAUAAAGUUAAAGAGCCGAGUAAGAAUAAUCAAAAUAUUGUCGCCGAUAAUACAUCUUCUGAAUCUGACGACAGUAAACAAGAACAAGAUAAAGGAUUAGAAAUAAAAAAUGAUAUAAUACCUUACAAGGACAGCACCAAACUUCCAUAUGACGAUGAGGAAGAGUAUGAGGCUAGUGCACAAUCACAAGAAGAGACGGUGGUUAGUGCACGAGACGACUCUUUUGAAAAAAUUACUGAAAAACAAAAAACUUAUCAUGAACAAAGAAUUGCAAAACCAGAACCUCACUAUGAAGUUAAUUAUCCAGAGCAAGCAUUAGGAAGACAAGAAAAUUAUGAUAAGCAAGAAUUAGAAAGACAAAAAGUUAAUAAUAAGCACGCAUUAGAAAGACAAAAAUAUAACAAAAACGUAUUAGAAUGGAAAGACAACUAUAAUAAGUAUGCAUUAGAAAAUCAAGAAAAUUAUAAUAAACAUGAAUUAGAAAAAAAAGUAAAUUAUCAUGAUCAGGCGAUAGGUAGGAAAGAAGAUUAUAAAGAAAAAUUUGGAAGGCACGAUAUUUAUCCAAAUCUACAACAACCAAUAGAAAGAAAAGGCAAUUUUAGAGAGCAGAUAAUUGAAAGACAAGAUCAAGAGGAAGACAAAGAAGAAUCUGACAGUGUGGAGCCUAUUGGCAAAAAUGAACUGAAAAUUGCUGUAAAUGCAGUGGAAGAUUCAGAAGAUCCGACGGGGCACAAGCAUAAAGUGAGAUUUGACGACGUUGCAUUUAAUAUGCAAGUAAAUCUGCCAUCCGUAAUAGGGACAGUAUUGAAAAACUUAGCAGCCAGAAGAUCCAUGGUAACACUAAACCCAAAUAAGAAAUGCACGCCUGGUACUAUAGAUGUAAUCGAAUGUAAUACAUGCUUUUGUCUGAAUAAUGCUAAACUGCUUUGUACGGCCAAAAAAUGUGAUUAG